AUGAAGGUUUUUACAAUUUUGUCGGUUAUCUGCAUAUUGACUGUAGUAAACGCGAUUCCAGUAUUUGAAAAACGUGAUGAAGCAUACAAGAAAGACGAUUCAAACAAGGAUUUGAAAGAUUACAAAGGUUUAGAUAAUAAAAAUUUGGAUAAUAAAGGGUGGGAUAACAAAGGUUUGAAUAAUAAAGAUUUGGAUAACAAAGGUUUAAAUAAUAAAGGUUGGGAUAACAAAGGUUUGAAUAAUAAAGGUUGGGAUAACAAAGGUUUGAAUAAUAAAGAUUUGGAUAACAAAGGUUUGAAUAAUAAAGGUUGGGAUAACAAAGGUUUGAAUAAUAAAGAUUUGGAUAACAAAGAUUUGAAUAAUAAAAGUUGGGAUAACAAAGGUUUGAAUAAUAAAGAUUUGGAUAACAAAGGUUGGAAUAAUAAAGGGUGGGAUAACAAAGGUGAUAAAGAUUACACAGAUAAAAAUGUCAGGAAUAACAAGAGCGACUAUAAAAAUACAAAUGAUAACAAAAAUAAUGCCUAUUAUAAAACCAAGAAUGAUAACAAAGGCAAAAACGAUGUCAAAUAUAAGAGAACCUAUGGACAUCAAAACGACCACGACCACGACAACAAUAAUUAUAAUAACUACGGCAAAAAAUACGGACAAGGGUACGACCGAAACAAUAACAAAAGCAAGUACUAA